AGGAGGAGUGAGCACGAGAGGGAUCUGGAAAGGAGGACAGAGAGCCAAAGAGACAGAGAAGAGGAGAGACGUGGAGUGCCAAGGCUCCUCUGCCAGCUCCAGGCUGCGUGUUGUUGUUGUUUGGGGGGGGUCAAGAUGAGCAGCCCGUGCCUGCUGCGUGCUGCCCCUAUAAGCCAACCCCGGCUCAGAGAGGUCAAGAUCAGCCUGAAGGCCAGCAGCAGGGAGAGCACAGCCAUCCGGAGCGGUGGCGGAGGCACCAAGGAGGCUGCCAGCCGGCCCUAUGCCCCGGCAGAGAAAGAGGCCCCUGUGCGGGUUGGCAUGAGCAGCAGCAGGAGCAGGAGCACCCCGCCGGUCCACAGGGCCCAGAGCAAGAAGACGGCAAGGGGAAGCAGCAGCAAGCAGCAGCAGGAGCCUGAGCACCACCCACAGAGGAACGGCACCCUCCUGCAUGUCCCGCUCUCUGUGGCGCCCGCGGGACUUUCCCCCUUCUCCUCAUCCUCCUCCUCGUCCUCCUCUUGCACCCCCAGACGUCAACGGCCCUCUCACCCUCACCCUCCCCCCGCCCCCAUCAUCUCCUCCUCCUCCUCUUCCUCCUCGGCCAAGAGUAUGAAGCGGGCGCGCUGGCUGAGUUACAGCACCUCCAACAUCUGUUUCAACUCCAUCCUGGAGGGACGCUUCAGGCAGUUGCAAGAUGAGCGUGAGGCAGUUCAGAAGAAGACCUUCACUAAAUGGGUCAACUCAAUCCUGUCCCGGGUUGGCUGUCGCAUCUCUGACCUCUACUUGGACCUUCGGGACGGACGUAUGCUCAUUAAACUGCUGGAGGUGCUGUCCGGUGAACGACUGCCAAAACCCACCAAAGGCCGGAUGCGUAUCCACUGUUUGGAGAAUGUGGACAAGGCUCUGCAGUUCCUUAAAGAGCAGAGGGUCCACCUGGAGAACAUGGGUUCUCACGACAUUGUCGAUGGCAACCAUCGCCUCAUCCUCGGCCUUAUCUGGACCAUCAUCCUGCGCUUCCAGAUCCAGGACAUUAUUGUGGAAACGGGCCAGGCAGACCAGAAGGAGACACGCUCAGCCAAGGACGCUCUUCUUUUGUGGUGUCAGAUGAAAACUGCAGGAUAUCCCAAUGUCAACAUCACAAACUUCACCACCAGCUGGAAAGACGGCAUGGCCUUCAACGCUCUCAUACACAAACACCGGCCAGAUCUGGUGGACUAUAACACUCUAAAGAGGUCCAACCCGACCCACAACCUCCAGAACGCCUUCAAUGUGGCGGAGCAGAAGCUUGGCGUGACCAAACUGUUAGACCCAGAAGAUGUGUUCACAGAGAACCCAGAUGAGAAGUCCAUUAUCACGUACGUCGUGGCAUUUUACCACUACUUCUCGAAGAUGAAGCAGCUCGCUGUCGAGGGCAAGAGAGUUGGAAAGGUUCUGGAUCACGCCAUCGAGACAGAGAAGAUGAUUGAUAAGUACGAGACGCUUGCGUCAGACCUGCUGACGUGGAUCGAGCAGACCAUCAUUGUGCUGAACAACCGAAAACUUGCCAACUCUCUGACUGGAGUCCAGCAGCAGCUUCAGGCCUUCAACACCUACCGCACUGUAGAGAAGCCGCCCAAGUUUCAGGAGAAGGGUAACCUCGAAGUGCUGCUGUUCACCAUCCAGAGUCGCAUGAGGGCCAACAACCAGAGGGUCUACACGCCUAAAGAGGGAGCCCUGGUUGCAGAUAUCAAUAGGGCCUGGGAGCGUCUGGAAAGGGCGGAGCAUGAACGGGAACGUGUCCUGAGAGACGAGCUGAUCAGACAGGAGAAGCUGGAACAGAUGGCGAGAAGAUUUGACAGGAAGGCCGCCAUGAGGGAGACCUGGCUCCUGGAGAACCAGAAGCUGGUGGCCCAGGAUAACUUUGGUUGCGACCUACCGGCUGUGGAGGCAGCGAAGAAGAAGCAUGAUGCCAUCGAAACAGACAUUGCUGCGUACUCAGAACGUGUUCAGGCCUUGGUGGACAUCUCAAAGGAGCUGGAGUCGGAGCGUUACCACGACGCCAAACGCAUCGAUGCACGGAAAGACAACAUCCUGCGUCUCUGGGACUACCUGCAGCAGCUGUUGAACGCUCGUAGGGGGCGUCUGGACAAGAACCUGACCCUGCAGAGGAUCUUCCAGGAGAUGCUGCACAUCAUCAACUGGAUGGAUGACAUGAAGGCUCGGCUGUGGUCUCCAGACUUUGGGAAACACUUGUUGGAAGUGGAAGACUUGUUACAGAAACAUGCUUUGGUAGAGAACGACAUUGCUCUGCAGGCGGAGAGUGUACACAACGCCAGUGCUGCUGCUCUCAAGUUUGCAAAUGGAGAUAGUUAUAAGCCAUGUGAUCCCCAGGUGAUCAGGGACAGGGUACAGCACCUGGACCUGUGCUACCAGGAUCUUUGCGCCCUGGCAGCCCAGCGAAGGGCUCGCUUGGAGCAGUCCCGUCUCUUCUGGAACUUCAUGCGGGAGGUGAAGGAGCUGGAGAGUUGGAUCAGGGAGAAGGAGCACAUUUUCUCCUCCCUGGAUUAUGGCAAGGACCUGACGAGCGUGCUGGUGCUCCAGAGCAAACACAGCGCCUUCGAGGACGAGCUUGGAGCCCGUCGCGCCAACCUUGAACAGGUCCUCGCAGAGGGACAGAAGAUGAUCCAGCAGCAGUUUAAAUCCCCGGAGGUUCAAGAACACAUGGAUGACAUCAGGAGGCAGUGGCAGCAGCUGGAAGAACUGGCGGCAUUUCGGAAACAGAACCUGCAGGACACUCAGAGGUUCUUCCAGUUUCAGGGAGAUGCUGAUGAACUCAAGGCUUGGCUGCUGGACGCCAAGAGGCAGAUGAGCAGUGAUGAUGUAGGUCACGAUGAGUACACCACGCAGCGGCUGUUCAAGAGGCACAAUGACCUGAGGAAUGAGGCAAUCAAGAACGGAGCCACGAUUGACACUCUAUCGAAACAGGCAAAUGCGCUGCCAGAGGAGCUACAAAACACCCCUGAUAUCCAGAGACGUCUCAAAGAAAUCAAGGACCUGUACAUGGAGCUCAUGUCUCUGGCUGACCUGAGGCAGAAGAAGCUCGAUGACACCAUGGCUUUGUACACCAUCUUCAGCGAGACAGACGCUUGUGAGCUCUGGAUGGGCCAGAAGGAGACGUGGUUGGUGGGCUUGGAAGUGCCAGAGAAGCUGGAGGAUCUGGAAGUGGUACAGAAUAGGUUGAGCAUUCUAGCUCAGGAUAUGGCAAACGUUCAGUCGAGAGUUGAUGACGUCAACAAAGCUGUGAAACAGCUUGAGGACAGCAGACACCCUCGCACCAAGGAGGUCAAGGAAUGUCAGACACGACUGAAUAAGAGGUGGGAAGCCUUCAAGGCCAUGGUGGAGGAUAUAAAGAGGAAAGUGGAUUCUGCUGUUAGUCUGAACAACUAUGGGCUGGAGUGUGACGAGACAGGGGCCUGGAUCAAAGAUAAGACACGGGUGAUUGAGUCCACGCAGGACUUGGGCAAUGACCUGGCAGCUGUCAUCACCAUCCAGAGGAAACUGUAUGGCAUGGAGAGAGAUUUAGCCGCCAUCGAAACCAAGCUCAACUUCCUGAGGAAAGAAGCCGACCAGCUGGCAAAGGAUCACCCAGAGAAUGCAGCCGACAUCUUGGCCCGCAGAGGAGAGCUGGACGCGGCCUGGGACACACUAAAAAAGACCCUGAAGGACAGAGAGGACUCUCUGGGCGAGGUCAGCAAGUUACAGACCUUCCUCCAAGACAUGGACGACUUCCAGUCAUGGCUUUUUAAGACCCAGAAGGCCGUGGCAUCAGAGGAAAUGCCCGCUACACUGCCGGAGGCCGAGGAACAGCUCAGCCUUCACGACGCAGUGCGUGAAGACAUAAACAACCACGAAGAGGACUAUCACCGUGUGAGGGACACCGGUGUUCAGGUCACGCAGGGUCAGGAGGACGAUCCUCAGUACCAGGAGCUGGAGCAGAGGCUGAAAGGCAUGGAUCGCGGUUGGUACGAACUGCAGAAGAUGUGGGACAAUCGCAAGAACCUCCUGGACCAGGGUCUGGGCUUCCAGCAGUUCAUGAGGGAUAGCAAGGCUGUAGAGGCCAUCCUCAACAACCAGGAGUACACCUUGGCCCACAUAGACAAACCCGACACGUUGGCCGGGGCAGAGAAAGCUUUGAAGAAGCAUGAGGACUUUGUGAGCACCAUGGAGGCCAAUGAGGACAAGAUUGACGGCACUCUGCAGGCCGGACAGCGGCUGGUGGACAGUAACAAUCUGUACUCUGGGAAAAUUCAGGAGAAAAUGGACUCCAUUCAAGACAGGCAUGACAAGAAUAAAAGAAGAGCCCAGGAGGUGUCCGAAAAGCUCAGAGAUAACCGUGACCUGCAGCACUUCCUGCAAAACACUCAAGAUCUGACUCUGUGGAUCAACGAGAAGAUGCUGACAGCUCAGGACAUGUCGUACGACGAGGCCAGGAACCUCCACAGCAAGUGGCUAAAACAUCAGGCCUUCAUGGCUGAGCUGGCCUCCAACAAGGACUGGCUCAACAAAGUAGACCAGGAAGGUCAGCAGCUCAUGGAGUCCAAACCUGAGUUUGAGCCCAUUGUGAAGGAGCGUCUCGCCAAGCUCCACGAGCUGUGGGACAAACUGGAGUCCACCACCCAGGAGAAGGCCCGGCUGCUGUUUGACGCCAACCGCUCCGAGCUUUUCGACCAGAGCCUGACCGACAUGAAGAAGUGGCUCCGUGAGCUGCAGCAGCAGCUGCAGAGCGGAGAUGAGGAUAUUAAAGACCUGACGAAUGCCAACAUCCUGCUCAAGAAGCAUCAGAUGACGGAGAACCAGGUGCGUGACCGGGCGAGGGAGCUGGAGGAGCUCCAGGAGGCCGUCAGGCAGCACGGUGGAGGCAGAGAGGACCAGCCGGAGCUGGAGGCAGAGACUCAGGCCCUGCAGAGGGACUUCCAGCAGCUCCUCACACCACUGGCCCAGCGCAAGGGCAAGGUGGAGGCCGCCAAGGCUGUCCAUCAGUUCUACAGAGACCUGGCCGAUGAGCUUCUCUGGAUAGAGGAGAGGAUGCCCCUGGCAAUGUCAGAAGAGCAUGGCCACAAUCUGCAAACUGUGCAAAUGCUGCUGAAGAAGAACCAGACAUUGCAGAGGGAGAUCGAGGGCCACCAGCCUCGUGUGGACGAAGUACUGGAGCGAGGAAGGAGGAUGGCGGCGGCCGCCAGUGCCGAGGGCAGGUUGGAGGCAGAGCGAAUCACAAACCAACUGAGGGAGCUGGAGGACGCGUGGGCCCGGCUGCAGGAUGAGAUGGCCAAGCGCCGGGAGCGGCUGGCCAGCUCCAACUUGGCCCAGCAGUACUACAACGACGCGGACGAAGCCGAGGCCUGGAUCGGAGAGCAGGAGCUUUACAUGAUCGCUGAUGAAAAGGCCAAGGACGAGCAAAGUGCCAUGUUGAUGCUGAAGCGCCACAUGAUCCUUAAGCAGGCGGUGGAUGACUACGCUGACUCCAUUCAGAAGCUGGCUGACCGCGCCCAAAAGAUGUUUGCAGAGGACCAUCCUGAUGGUGAGGACAUCAUCAGGCGACAGGGCCAGGUGGAUAAGCAGUACGCGGGGCUGAAGGAGCUGGCGGAGGACCGCAGGAAGAAGUUGGAUCACACUUACCACCAUUUCCUGCUCAGCCGCGAAGUGGAGGACCUGGAGCACUGGAUCGCAGAGAGGGACGUGGUGGCCUCCUCUCAGGAGAUGGGCCAGGACCUGGAUCACGUCACGCUUCUGAGGGAUAAAUUUAGAGAGUUUGCACGGGAGACAGGGAUGGUGGGACAAGAGCGAGUGGACAUGGUCAACCAGACGAUUGAUGAGCUGAUUGAAGCCGGCCACAGCGAGGCUGCCACCCUGGCAGAGUGGAAGGACAGCAUCAAUGACAGCUGGGCCGAUCUGCUGGAGCUCAUCGACACUCGUGCUCAGCUACUCACAGCCUCUUAUGACCUGCUGAAGUACUUUGAUGAUGGGAAGGAGUUGGUGGCUCAGAUCCACGACAAGCAGAACGAGCUGCCUGAUGACGUGGGAGAGGACUUCAGCAAGGCCGAGUCUUUCCACAGAAUGCACGCUGCCUUUGAGAGAGACAUCACCGCUCUAGGCAAACAGGUUCAACAGUUCCAGGAGACAGCUUCAAGGCUUCAUGCCCAGUACGCAGGGGAAAGGGCAGACGCCAUCCAGGCCACAGAGCGAGAGGUGGUGGAAGCCUGGAAGGGUCUGCUGGAAGCCUGCGACGGCCGCAGGGCGAGACUGGUGGACACAGCUGAGAAGUUCCGCUUCUUCACCAUGGUUCGAGACCUGAUGGCCUGGAUGGAGAGCAUCAUCAAGCAGAUAGAGACUCAGGAGAAACCCAGGGAUGUCUCAUCUGUGGAGCUCCUGCAGAAGUACCACCAGGGGAUCCGCUCAGAGGUUGAAGCUAGGGGAGCCAAAUUCACAGACUGCACAGACCUUGGGAAGGCCCUGCUGACACGCAAGCACCGAGACUCUGCUGAGAUCAAAGAGAAGCUGGUGCAGCUGAUCGAGAAGAGGAAGGAAAUGAUGUUCAAGUGGAACGACAGAUGGGACUGGCUCAGACUCUUGCUGGAGGUGUGUCAGUUUGCCCGGGACGCCUCUGUGGCAGAGGCCUGGCUGAUCGCCCAGGAGCCCUACGUGACCAGUAAAGACCUGGGCCACACCGUGGACGAGGUUGAGAAACUUCUCAAGAGGCACGAGGCCUUUGAGAAAUCCACCGCCACUUGGGAGGAGCGCUUCUCUGCACUGGAACGCCUCACUACACUGGAGCUGUUGGAGCUGAGGAAGCAGCAACAGGAGAUAGAGCAGUUCAUUAAAGACGAGCAACGAUCAGAUAAGGACAGCAGGAGAGAAGACACAGGCUUUGUAGAAGAAUCGUCUCAGCUCUACACGAUUGAGGAACAAACUCUGUCCGGUUCUGGUGCAGUUGAGCCCAGUUCAGGGUCUCUGGAGGGAACAGCCGGUGACACCACAGUGCCCAUAGUGUCGGAGAUGAGAGAGAGUGGCUCCCUAGAGCUGGAGCCCUCUAUCUCAGUAGUGACCCCGAAAGAACCAGAGAGGGCUGCCACCAUGCCCAUGGAGCCCCUCAGAGCCCAGACUGUGCUGCAGGAGGGCAUGAUGCACCGCAAGCAUGACAUGGAGGGCUCAGGAAAGAAGGCUUCAAACAGGUCAUGGAACAACCUGUACUGUGUACUGAAGCCAGGUCAGCUCUCAGCCUAUAAGGAUGCCAAAAGCUUUGGACACGGAGUGACGUAUCACGGCGAGGACCCCCUGUCCCUCAGUAAUGCCAGCUGGGAGAUCCUCACCAACUACAAGAAAAAGAAGCAUGUCGCCAAACUACGUCUUGGUGACGGCAGUGAAUAUUUGUUCCAGUGUAAAGAUGAGGAGGAGCUACAGCGUUGGAGCCAGGCCAUGGAGAAGGCCGUUCAGCCCCUGGCAGCAGAGGAGGCGUCGGGGCCCUCGGGGGCCAAAACACACAGCCUGCCCCCGCCCUCCUCCUCAGCUGCCCUCCCUGAGCCCAGCUCUGCCAAGAAAGACAAGGAGAAGAAGUUCAGUCGCUUUGCCAAGAAGAAGUGAAAGGAGAUGGGAGGGCCACUGGGAGGGAGAGGGAGGGUUGCCAAGGCAACCUGGAAAGAGAAAGUAGUAUUUGUGUACAAUCAGUCAGAGCGAGCUUUUUAUCACUAGAUUUUUUUAUAUUAUUUUGCGAGAAUUAAAAUAAAUAUUGUAGUUUAGGUUAAAGCCACUCUUUUGCCUGUAUUUAAUUCAGUGUAUCAUUGCAAAGGUCCACUUUUUGUUUGUGUUCUUUUAAACUAAUGCCAAAUUCAAAGCAUUAAAGCACAGGAAUGCUCCUUUCACACUCAACCAAAGAAUGUUUCUAAAACUUUUGUUGUGUUACUUUUGCUGCAAUUUCUGCUUUAGUAAGGCAUGCUUUGAUACAGCUAUGUACGAUAUGAAGGCCUGUAAUGAACAUAGGAUGACUCAAGAGUACUGAAGCGUACUUUUAUUAAUCUGCCUUAUAAAAUGGUUGUGAACUGUAAUACUGUGCUGUUUGAAUUUGGAGCACAAAAUGCUAGAAUUAGAGUGAAUCUAACAGGCUUUAAAAAGCUUUGUACAUGCGGUGUAAAGACUUGGUGAUGAGUGAACCAUAGUACAGUGCACAUACACACCAAGUGUAAUUGCAAGUAUGCAAACUAAAUGCUCUAUGCACUGUGAAAGAUUUGACUGUUGAGAUUUUAAAUUGGUAAGUGACGACAUAUGCCUGUUUUGAAUAUAGACAAUAUUCUCAACUGAGCUGUGGCAGUAGUUUCUGUGAACUUGAAAUAUAUUUAACACUUGUGUAUUGAACCCAAAAUUUCGUAUCUAUUCAUUAACAUAUAUACAAAUACAGUAUAUAUAUCUACAGAUGCAUGAAGUAUGUUUUACGUUAGUUUAAUAUGGUGCUAUUAUUGUGAUAUUCCUGAACAAGAUCAAUUUGACCUGCCUAAUUUGUCUUCAACUUUGGCUAGUAUAAACACACUGUUGGUAUCUACAAUAUCUGAGGGGUGUUUCAUAAAGGUAGAUAAGAUGAACAAAUUAACCCAGGAUUAAUCUCUUUUGUUAAGUCAAGUCUGGUUUAUGUCCCAGCUUUAAAACAUCAACAUAAAAACAUUAAGCGCUGAUCAUGUCAAGUCACAAGAGAGAAAACAGGCACAUGAGGGUAAAACUACAAUGUUUACAGCCACAGAGCAGUACAGAGAGUCACAGCAAAAAUUAACAAGACUGCCAUAAACUAAACAGAGGUUAACUGUUGGUAUAAUGUGGGUAUGUGUAGAUUUGUAAGAUAUAAUACCAUUAAACCACUCUAAAAGACCUCGACCAGGUCAUUUAUUUUUAGCAUUGAAUUAAGGUAAUUAGAAUUUUUAGAAACUAAAAUUCAAAUCCUGAUGUAAAGUUAAACCUGAAAACUAUCCUGAUCUGGCUAGGUAGGAGGGAUAAGUGUCUGUGGUAAAGCAAACUAAACUCACAGCAAUGUAUUAUUUACUGGGCGAACCAGGCUUUGGCACAGGUGCCCAAGGGGAAAAAGCCUCUUUUAGUAGUGACAGUUUACAUUUCUUGUUCAAAAGUCAAUCAACACAACUACAAAAAGACGCAACUAGAGACACAAAACAGCCACAACAAGCAAAACAACCACAAAAUGACCACAAAAACACAAUAUGACUGCAAGAGGCAAAAUGACCACAAUGAGACACAAAAUAACUAUAAAGAUAUGCGAAACGACAAUAAAGUUACACAAAAAGAAACCAACUUGGCAACAUUAGUUGUCUUGUCUAGCUGGUAAUCUUGCCUUAUAAAACACCCCUCUGACCUCACAAGAGAUUUUUAUUCUGCUAUUAUCUGUAUAAACAGAAAAAAACUUAACUUUAAUUAACAUUUUUAUGGAACCAGUCAAAGUUUAGGACAAACAGUGGGUCAGAUGAAUCUUGACUGCUUUUCUAAGCCACACAACAGGACCAGGCAUUCUCUCUAUCUAAGGCGAGGAUCAUAAAGUAGCAGUAUGGAGCUGAGGGAACGUGUCUUUACUCUGAAUGUAAAGGGAUGAAAUAAUAAGGAAGUGAGAAUUUGGUAUAUUUAGCAGUAUAAAACAAUAAAGCCAUUAUAGAAUGACACAUUCUAAAUCAAUAUAUGCAUACAGGGAAUAUAGAGUAUGUACAGUAUAUUGAACUGCAUUUAUAAAUGUUAAUUUGUCACCAGCAAUGGUGGCACACACACAUAUACACACACACUCUCCCACUGCCAUCUUGCCUUGUACUGUGGGCUCUGUCCCUGAACUACGAUCUAACUCAAGUGACCUCAUUGAAACAAUGGAAGUCAGGUGUAGAAAGAUUAACAAGACUGUUCAGCUCGAGAGUUUUCUAGGAAAUAUGGUAGCAUCAUGAUGAUCUCUCUCUAGGGUAUUGACAUUUACAAAGGAACAAACAUAGUUAUAAAAUCUGUUAUCUUCUCAUGGCUGUCACAAACAGGCAAUGCUGAUGUGCAGAGGGCCAGCAGAACAUUAUAUCCAUGUUAAAAAUACCAGUAGUCAAUUUUUUUGUUAUUAAUGCACCUCAAAAUGGUUUGGGAAACUUGUAUCACAUGUAUUCAGUCUUGUUUUUAUUGGUCACUACUAUCUGUGGUAUCAGACUCUGACACUUCCUACUCUCCAUCCACUUUGUUUAUUCUUCCUCUUCUUCCCCCUCCUGCCUUUUCUGUUUAGUGGUUUUUAAUCUGCAUUUUGUACUCUCUAGCUAUGUAAAAUAACCAAAACAAUGUUGACAGGAAAUAUCAAAUACAUUUUGAGAGAAUAAAGUUUAAAAUAACCUCCUGAAA